AUGCCCCCAAAGAAGAAGGUCGCUGGAGACGCUGGAAAAGGUGAAAAACUAUUCAAGAACUUGUGCGCUGUUUGCCACUCACACACUGCCCACGGAACUGGCCCUAAUCUUUCAAGCAUCGUUGGUGGUGCCGUCGCUGCUAAGGAGGGAUUCUCUUACUCAGCUGCAUUAUUGGGCAAAGCUACAACCAAAUGGACAGAAGGUAACUUGGACAAAUGGUUGAAAUCACCCGCUGACUACGCCCCAGGAAAUUCAAUGGCCUUCGCUGGAGUAGCAAACGGAAAAGACAGAGCUGAUUUGAUUGCUUACCUCAAGAGCAAGUGA